CGGCACGGCAGCUGUGCCAGCCCCUCCUCCCCCACCACCACUGCCUGGCAUGGCAGCUGUGCCAGCCCCUCCUCCCCCACCACCACUGCCCGGCAUGGCAGCUGUGCCAGCCCCUCCUCCCCCACCACCACUGCCCGGCAUGCCUCCACCGCCUCCCCCACUGCCCGGCCUCGGAGGCAUGCCUCCUCCUCCUCCCCUACUGCCCAGCCUGGGAGGCAUACCGCCCCCUCCCCCGCCAGGAGGCAACGUGGAGGAAGUAGUGGUUGCCCACGUUGACUAUGCUUUGGGCUAUGCCAGGCCUUUCCCCAAGAAGGUGAAGACUCCGACCCUGAGAAUGAAGAAACUCAACUGGCAGAAGCUGCCCUCCAAUGUGGUGCGAGAAAGUCGCUCCAUGUGGGCGUCAGUGAGCAGUGUCAGCGAUGAAGAUAUAGAGCCUGAUUACAUGAGCAUUGAGCAGCUUUUUUGUUUUCCGCAAACGAAGCCCAAAGAGAAAGCAGCUACCCCAGUGAAGGUGGAACCAAAGGAGAUCACAUUCUUAGACUCCAAGAAGAGUCUCAAUCUGAACAUAUUUUUGAAGCAAUUUAGAUGCUCAAAUGAAGAGGUAGUGGACAUGAUUCAAAAAGGGGACAGGACCAAGUUUGAUGUGGAGGUUCUGAAGCAGUUACUGAAGCUGCUACCCGAAAAGCAUGAGAUAGAAAACCUGAAAGCCUUCAAGGAAGAUAAAGCCAAGUUAGCAAGUGCAGAUCAAUUUUAUCUUCUCCUCCUCAGGGUUCCCAGCUACCAGCUCCGGAUUGAGUGUAUGCUGUCAUGUGAAGAGACCACCGUCAUGCUAGAUAUGCUACAGCCCAAAGCAGAAGCGAUCAGGAAAGCCUGUGAAGAUCUUCUAACGACCCAUCGCCUGCCAGUUUUUUGUCAACUGAUUCUCAAAGUUGGAAACUUUCUUAACUAUGGAAGUCACACUGGAGAUGCCGAUGGCUUUAAAAUUAGCACUUUACUCAAACUAACUGAAACCAAAGCAAACCAAACCCGUAUUACUCUGCUCCACCAUAUUCUGGAGGAAGUAGAGAAAAGUCACACAGACCUCCUGCAGCUUCCCAAGGACCUUGAAUGUGUCUCAAAGGCAGCCGGAAUUAACCUUGAAAUCAUACGUGCGGAAUCCAGUUCCAAUUUAAAGAAGCUGCUGGAACUUGAACGAAAGGUUUUGUCCUCGAAAGACGACGUGAAAGCCCAGUAUGAGACGCCCAUCCAGGACAGCAUAAAUGCAUCAAAGAAGUUGGAGGAGGAGUUUGAAAUCAUUGAAAGGAAGAAGGGGGAACUUGCAAAUUAUCUCUGUGAAGAUGCAAACAAGUUGUCAUUAGAAGAUAUAUUUAGCACCAUGAAAACCUUCAGGGAUCUCUUCAUUAGAGCACUAAAGGAAAACAAGGACAGGAAGGAACAAGCUGCAAAGGCAGAAAAAAGGAAGAAACAGCUGGAAGAGGAAGACGCUAAGAGACCAAAGGGAGACAAUGGGAAGAUCAUUAAGAAAGGGGCCGUGAAGCAGGAGGAGGUGUGCGUUAUUGAUGCCCUGCUGGCCGACAUAAGGAAAGGUUUCCAGUUGCGGAAAACGGUGAAGAACAAGAGUGAGCCGAACACUGCUCCUAAAGCCUCACCUGCCGAAACGCUGAAGGAGAGAGAGCCUGGAAAGAGUGUUGAUGCUUCAGAAGCAGCGAAGGAAAGUGCCUGUGAGACCAAGCGAAAGGAUGGCAGUCAGCACACAGAAAACACUCCGGCCUCAGAAGCUGCUGCCAUUGCAAGGGCUACCGGUAAAGUUGUCAAAGAGACACCAGCUUCCAAUGAAGUGCUUCCUAAAGACGGAGCUGGAGGAAAUUCGCCACAACAACCCUGUACUGAGAGGAGCUUCCAACAUUCAACUGAAGUUGAGGGAACCCAUCAACCCAACAGUGGAGAGAGUAUUCAGCAGAUCAACAGCUCAUGUAGCUUUCAAGAGAACGUGGAAUACAACUCCAUUGUGUUUGCGCCAGUGAACCCAGGAACCACUAUAAAGUUUGCAAGCAGCUCUUCAGGCAACUGUACUGGUUUAGGAGAGGAAUUGAAUGGAUCCAUCUCAGGAGACCAAAACAGUGAGUCCGGACCCACUCAGGUAGAAAGAGGCCCGGUGUCUAAUGAACAAACGUCACAACCAAGUGAUGCAGUUGGGAACGAGGCUAAAACCAGAGUUGAAGUAGCACCUGACGGUGCUGAAAUGACUCCAACCAAAGAGUCGAGUUCUCAACAUACGGAGUUAAGGAAGACAGAGAAAGAAAAUGACCCUGCCGCAGACUCAUUGCUGGACACCUCUCAGGAGAAAUCCUUCUCAGAAGAGCCAGUGACUGAUUCUUCUUGCUCAGCAACAGUCCCUCCAGCGCAAGCACUUACUGACAAGGAAAGGCAAAGAGGGUCUGGGAAACGGAAAAAGAAGAGACGACACAGCAAAAGCCAGUCAGGUGUCACAACAAAGCAGAAGAAUAAAUAACGAGGAGUCAGUGAAACGCUGACAAAUCCAUAUAAUGCUGCCAUUCUCUAGGAAGCACGUUUCACAGUGUUGAAAUUCCAUUACUGAUCAUGUUUGUAGUAAUAUCUUGGGAUGUAAAGUUUCUUCUAAAAUGGUCUUUCACUAAUCCUUCCUUGGGGAUUCUGUGUAUCCAGCAAAUAACCGCCAGAUGCAAGAGACUUAAGCACCUUCAGAAUGUGCCUUAUGUGAAUGCUGCCAAGGUCUGAUGCUGAAAAUGCUCCAUGCCCAGAACUUCUGUGGAAGCUGAUGGGAGUUCCAUGUGUCAAGGGCUGAUAGGAAUAGGCCUCUGAUAAACUUCAUUUGGGGUCAAAUCCUGCAGUCCCUUCCUAGGCCAAACUCUUACUGAAGACAAUGAGGCCAUGGCCUGGGUAAUGAAUGCAGCAUUUUACCCCAUGAGUCAUUUUAAAGACAGCAGUGCCUCCAAAACUGAAUUAUGGGUAAAAUUAGGCACUGUCAUCAGCAUCUGAUUGGAAAUCGGUUACUUCCCAUUCUAGUGCCCCACCAACAAUUGGAACUGAUGUUGGACCAAAUAAAAGACCCAAUUCAGAUUAACAUACUUUCCCUUGCUAUCGUUUUAGACAGGGGAUAUCUAUUAAAGGAAAAUGUAUUGUAGUGAACAGCUGGCUGUUUGAACACUAAGGACUUGUCUAUAUGGAGAGUUAGUUUGUGUCAAGUUGAAGUUCAAAUGUAUAGUGCACUGGCCUUCUGCACACUAACUGGUCAUGUGGACCCUGGUACCACACACUAGAAGUUUUACGGUGCACUUUGAUCUACUCCAGUUUCAGUUUGGGGCAGUAUUCUACGUAUUUCAAAUGGGAGUAGAUCAAAGUGCACUACCGAACUUCUAGUGGGCAUUCGGAGGGUCCAUACUGCCUGUUAGUGCACGUGACAGGCUGGGGCACUGCACUCCAGCUUGCUGUUCACUAACUCUCCAUAUACACAACUCCUAAGGCCUGGAUCCUGCAAAGACUUAAACACACAUUAACUUUAAGCAUGUGAAUAGUCCUAUGGAGUUCAGUGGAACUUCUGACAUGCAUAAAGUUAGACACAUGCAUAAGUCUUUGCAGGUUUGGGGCCUAGAGUAUCUAUUUUGUUAAAGAAACAGAAAGAGAUUUUUCUAGGGUGAUCCAUUCAUAAUAUUUAAAACUAAUAUUAUUUGGCAAAUCUCUGGUUCUGAAUAUUUAUUGCCUGCUGCAUGCACUCAAAGGCACUUGGACUCAAGUUUUAGAGUCUGUUUCAGUUUAAAAGAUAGUUAUGCAAUUUGUGCUUUAAAACCGGGAACCUGCAGUAUUUUGUGUUAAGAAAUCAGAGCUUUAUUUCUGAAUUAUGUUUUAUAAUAACCUUGUACCAUAUAAUUUUGUACAUAUCGGUCAAUUUAAAAUUCUAGAUGUUUGUUCAAUCUGUAUUGCAAUAUUAGAUUGCAGUGGGAACUGUGUGGAAAAUCAUUACUUUUAGCAAUCAUGCCUAUAUACAGUAACUUGCUGAGCACAUAUAAUAGUGUUCAGGCUAAGCUACUUUGCAUUGCUUAUUAAGACUUGAUCAAGGGUCAUUUACUAAACCUGUACUGGAUGAAGUUCAGAAUUAAAACAGGGGCUACCUUUAACUAAAAACUUUGCUUGGAGUGUGGUGAAAAUUGGUUAACUACAGCAAUUACCAGUUUAGAAUGGGCCACUGCCAUUAUCAGAUUCAGCUGCGGAAAUCCUCUGUAGCAGUGUAGCAAAGCUGCAUUUGAAAUCAAGUUCACCACUGGCGUAAACAUGUAGAGGUUCAUUAACUUCAGUGGAGCUGCACUAUCAGCAGUGAAUGUGACCCUUCAUAUGAGAAAACACACACAUACAAAAGAGCUUAGGGGUCAAUCACCAUUGUAAUGGUCAUGGCUGGAGGGCAGCUGCACCCUGUUCCCUUUUUGGUCUCUCUGAAUGCACCCCCUCAAGUGUCAGGCCUCAUGUCUUUACCUAUCCCAGGGUGGAAUUCUACAGUUCUCCCACUCGGACUGGGACCUGGGCUUCAGUACCCUGGGAAUCAACCAUGCUUACCCAGCAGGUCUGACUGGGUUCCACACUUAUGGUUCUUCCCUUCAGGAGCCUGUGGCCGAUGGUGUAUAGUGACAAAGCUGCCUUAUUGAAACCGGAGUAUUGUUCAUUUUACUUAUAGUAACAAAGCAUGUAGAGAAAAAGCAUUUUAGGACAACAAACAGUCCACACCUGUCCAUCGUCCCCAAAGGCUUACCAUCCCCUCAGGGUCACCUAGUCAGGCCUAAUUUCUUCAGACAAUCCAGCCAAUGCCUGCAUCCUAGUCUGGUUCCCCCAAACAAUGACUUGUCUCUCUGCAGAGAGCACCCCUUCCUAAACUUUCAGAGUUGCUUUGUUCUCGCAUUCUUGGCCUUUGUCCCUUUGGACAAAACUAGUUUUGCAGGUUGGCUUGGGAGGAGGUAAAAUAUUGAUGCUAUAAGAGUAUGGGCAUUGCCCACUGAACAGCACUCAAGUGUUUGCUGAGAA